AUGGCUACUUCUCUUUCUUCAAUACCUCCUGAUCAGACUGUCAUCAAGCUUCCGCAUCCCUACCAGACCGAGUACUCUAUCCAAAAAGUCUCGCCACAGCAAAAUGGGGACGACAAUGCGGAACAAUAUCGAUUGAAUAUCAAGCCCAAUGUCUCUUCAGGAAAGAAGCCUCCCGUCGAGCUUCACACAUCCAAAGCCGUCUUCACCGAGCCAAUUGAUCUCAAAUCGAGUGAGUUGCCGCCGCAUUCGAACAACAGCGCAUGGGCUCGCGCCAGACGGUCGCCAGGCGCAAGUAUAUCGUGGGAUGGCCUUACAGAGCGCCCCACGUUGGCGCAGGCGUGGAUGAUUCUUUACGUGUUAUUCACGACGCGGCCUUCUACAGAGUCACUCAGACUGGAGCUCAGGGGCGCAAAUGCCAUUGUGCUGGGACAGCAGCUGAAGGAUGUCGCGCUCGCCAUUGAUCAUCCACUGCGCCCUCGAGAGAAGCCAGGCCCAUCGACAACGACAGAUACAGAUGUUGUCUUGGCUCUGCGGGCUACCUUCUGGCAGGGCGCCGGAUCUCCUUUUGGCCCUCGACCUGUCUGGUGCCCCGAAGAGUCUCCGUCGUCUCUGCCAUCAUCCAACCCGCUGAAUUCGUAUCCCAUGACUCCCCUUCAGCAUACGAUGACCAUUACAUCGGCUGGCGAUCCCCAAGAUCCUGAGCGAAGCCAGCAGACGUGGCAUCCCCUUCGACCCGCCAAGCCAGCUCCGGGCGCCGUCAUCUACAGCCGAUGGAUCCCCCAUCUGCAAGAAACAUUUUCAAUGGUAUCGCUUGACUGGCAAGACGCUGACCAUCUGAGGCUAUUCCACGAGUGGCAAAACGAUCCUCGCGUAUCUCAGGGCUGGAAUGAGACGGGCACUUUGGAGCAGCACCGAGAGUACCUCCGGAAGAUACACGUUGAUCCUCACCAGGUUGCCGUGCUGGCCAAGUGGGACGACGAAUAUUUCGCCUACUUUGAGAUUUACUGGGCCAAGGAGGAUCGACUUGGCAGUUACUACGACGCCGGCGACUUCGAUCGCGGUCGCCAUUCCCUCGUCGGCGAUGUCCGUUUCCGAGGCCCGCACCGUGUGUCGGCCUGGUGGAGCAGCCUGAUGCAUUAUCUCUAUCUCGAUGACCCCCGAACAAUGUAUGUCGUGGGCGAGCCCAAAGACAGCAACUCCACGGUAGUCAUGUACGACCUCAUCCAUGGUUUUGGCCUGGAUAAGUUUGUCGACCUGCCACAUAAGCGCAGCGCAUUCGUGCGGUGCCACAGAGAGCGCUUCUUCCAGCUGUGUCCUCUGGGCGAUAACGAAAAGGCUGUUGGUGGAAUGAGGAUUGGGCUGGUGCCGAAGUUGUAA